GUUCCAUCGCACGGUAGCGCAUAUGACCGUCGAUGGCCUGCCGAAGAGCGAUGCACUUCGCAUGAAUGCCCAUCCGUCGAUCGCCUCGCUGAUCGAGCACGUCGCCAAGCUUUAUCCUGUUGCCUAGCGCCGAGAUUCGACGCGCUGUCUCUUACCUCGCCUUUGGCACCGCUCCCAUGGACUUCUUAGAGAUCGCACCCGUAGAGACCGCCAUCGACUGGCCCUUCGACGAUGAGCCGCUCGAGCGUACUGCUAGCCCUUUGGCUCAGCCAUUCUCUGCAAAGGCGGCUCACUUGACGACAGAGCACGACGCAAGAAACCCGCCGACGUACGGCGAGCUGCAGGCCAUCGAGCCGCCAGACUCUCGCUUCCAUCGAUGGAGGGACUGGGUAGCCAAGCGAGCAGGCGAGAGAUACAUCGAUCAAUCUGCACCGCCUCCGAGGCGAGCUCGACCAGUGGGAGCCUCGCUGCCUUUGUCAUCGACCGAGCAACUCUCUAGCAUCCGAACGGCCUACGAUGAUCCUCCCAGGCUGUUCGUCCACCCGUCUUGCAAGACCAGACUGACCCGGCAUACGGCUUUGGCAAGCAUUGGCUCUCGAUUCGUCUCGCUCGGCAUAGAGAGCACACCGCUCUGUAGCGCUGCCCUGCCCGUCACAGUCGACGUGAGGACAGAGCAAGAUGCUGUCGAGAGCCUGCCUCGCUAUAUCCUCAUCGGCACGAACGAGGGUCUCUAUGCGCUUGACUUGGCGCCCAGAUUGUCACUCAACGAGCGCAGCGACCAAGUCAAUCUGGAGGAUGCCAACGCCGUCAUGAUAUUAGAGGAUCUAGGCGUGACUCAGUUGUUCGUCUGGGAAGAGCCGGGCAGCGAGCGAGGGAUCGUCCUUGGCCUCGUCGACGAGGGCCCGACUCGAUCGCUGAGGAUGUGGCCGCUCGCAUCGAUCCUGAACCUCGUUCGAUGGCGGACCACGUCCUCUGCUUCCACUGCCGUCAAAGCACAAUCGAAGCGUCUUAACCGACAGAGCAUGCCAGACGGACUCACCGCUCUUCGAAAGAUGUUUGCAGCCACAGCCAUCAGACCAGACGCCAUCGAUGAGCAAGAAGGACCUUUGCUUUCAAGGCGGUCUCUCAAUCUCGGCAAGCGACGAUCACUCCUCAUGUGUCCACCUGCUACAUCGAACGACAUGCCGGACGAGAAAUACGAAAGAGCGCGACCGCUGCGAUCAGAUCAAGAAUGGGCUCAAAGUUUCAUCGAUGUCGUCGAGCCGUCAUAUGGCGAGGGCAAGAUACUGUUCUUUGACGUCACAACUUAUCCCGGCGGGCGACUGUAUCUUUCGAUAGCAACGAAGUCUACGCUGGACGUUUACGAAUCCAUAACGCAUACGGAUAGAUGCUUCGAGUCAAUUGCCUGUCUUGCAGUACACAAUACGCCGACCAGUGCCACCAUCAUUGAGGCACGCAAUGAUCUCUUCGAGCAGGGUCUUUCUGCCGAUUACGCCAGUCGUACUCAACUAGCAGCUUAUGUCACGCUCAAGUCUCGUUCGGUCGCAAUUCGCCUGCUAGAUGGCGCCGUUCGUGAGCUCACCCUAGGCUCUGGACGAGAUCGUAGCUCGAGCAACGGCAGUCAUGGCUCCGUCUCAUCUGUCUCGAGCAGUCACUCGCCCGGCAAGCGCAAGCUGUGGUGCCCGCUGAUACAUAUUGCCUACGGCCGCCCCAGUCUGCUCGCUUUCAGCAAAGGCAAUAGGACUGUCAUUGCUGCUGACCCCUUUCCAUUCGACGAUACCGCGUUUGCAGGCUCGAUCAGGCCGCUCAAACCUGCUACCAUACAAGGGCGUACUGCCCUGGAUUGGGACAGCCAAGGUCUAAGUCAGGUCAUUACGCUUGACGCAAACAAGGGUACUCGAGACUUGCAUAUCUUUGCAGCCUUUGGCGAUACUUCGCUGGAGGUUCAAGAAGUCCGCCUCUCCGCCCCUCGACUUUCUCGCAAUCAGAAGUCCAAGAUCGAAGCAGAUUCCACGAUGUCGUAUAACUUCUCGACAGAGAUCUCGCUGCUUGGCGUGCUAGCAGAUGGUAUCGCGCUCCUCCGCGUGACCUCCCUGCUCGAGCACAAGCUCGUUCUGCUCAUCGCGGAAGCAGCAAGCUCGUGAUAGACGGAAUCCAU